AUGCCCAAGAAGCAUCGCAAAGUGAAAGCUUUAACUCCUAGAAUCCACCGCACACCCCGCUCAGCCUCCCAAGAUGAGGGUGCUCAACCCCACUCGUCCGUCAACGACCUUAUACAACACCUUCGUCGGGCCCAGCUCCCCCCCGAGCAGCCGCGAGUCGACACUGUAGCCCGCGUCAUGUCGGGCUCAGUCCACCCAACGAUCCGGAAUAUCCUCGAUCUGCCAGCGACUCGGCCUCCUCGACCACGGUUUAGAGUUGGACCAGCUGUUGGCACUCGACGGCCCUGGCAAACUCCUGGCCCCGCAGCACCCACCAGCUGGUUGACAUCAGCAUCCCGCGUAGGACCCGGGAUAAUUUCCCGAAAUGGGGCUCCUAAUGGCCAACUUGAACGGCGUUUGAAUCACUUACCCGGACUCAAGUUUCCCCCCAAGCAUUCCUUUCAACAUGCCAUUCUAAAAGCCAUGUCACGCAAUUGGGAUUGGCAUGUACUUUAUGAUGGAGAAUAUCUUUCUGCUCUUCCAACUUACACAAAGCAACUGCUGCUCAGUUACAUUGCUGUUUACACUGAGAAUACAUCACUGGCAUUUAAUAUGCGAGGACUAAAGCCUCUCUUUUUAGAUAUGACCGCAGAUGGAGACGUGGCAAUACACUCUGACGUAACUCGACUGGACCUAGGGGGUGCUCUCGGGCGGUGGAUUAAUUUGAAAACACUUCACCGUGAAUUGCGAAGCGAUGCUUCCCUUUCGAAGGACGGGGGUAGAGCUAUCCCAAUAUCUUGGGAAGAGGAAGCCUGGGGUGAGACUUCUCUAUCUACGCCUAGCUUCAUCUAUGAGGAGCCUGUUAUUUUACGGUUCCAUAACUUAAGAUAUUUGUCCCUGGCACGACCAUCGCCGCCAACUGCGAACUGGCAGUCCCUUCUUAACUUACUCUCGCACGUGUCAACACUGACUCACCUAUCCCUUGCUCACUGGCCUACUCCCACUCUGGCUGCUAAUUCUACGUUAAGCGGCGCGCCUAGUAUGAAUCUUCUACAGCAUUUACCUGCUUCUACCAAUGAAAUGUUAGAAGCUACAACUGUCUUGGGCAAACUAUCUCGAGCAAGUUAUUGUCUUCAGUGGCUAGAUCUCAACGGCUGUGGUGAAUGGUUACCAGCACUCUGCUGGGGUUGCAGUGAUCAACAUCCAAGCGAACCUUCAGAUGACGAACCCCCACUUAUAUCCCGGCCGUUAGGGCCUGAGUGGAAUGGGUCGUGGCGUGGAAUAGAAUGGUUGGGCCUAGGGUUUGGAUGGGCACUGGAGGCUGUCGAGGUAGAAGGCAAACAGCUGACAAGAAGGCCCCACUGGCAAGAAAAGAUGUGGAAUAUGCACAUGAAUGCAGUAAACUAUGUGACAACGUCGAUUCAACGUCUUAGAACUGACGCUAAAGGUAAAUGGAUUGAGGUUUGCUUUGAGCAUGAAGAUCCAGUAUUUCAUUAG